AUGUUCCAAGGACAGUUUGGCGGCUAUGGCAAUGCUGGGCCCCAGUUCAACAACCAGCAAGCAGGGGCCCAGCCCAACCAGCAGCAGCAGCAGCAGCAGCAGAUGAUGUUUAACCAACAGCAAUUUGCUGGUAUGGCCCCACAAGGUGGCUUCAACCCCGCUGCGAAUCCUCAGAUGAUGGCUGGUGCCUCGCCAGGCAUGAUGCAGAAUCCUGGCAUGCCCAACAUGGCUGCUAAUGGACAAAUGGCCGGAUUUCAGCAACAAUUCUCCCCCCAGCAGUACGGACAAGUGCCGCAGAACUUCGCACAGCAACAGCGCAGCAGCAGCAACAGCAUGCGCAACAGCAACAUGCGCAACAGCAACAGGCACAGCAGCAUCAACAGCAUCAGCAGCCGCAACAGCAUCAGAACCCCCAAGCGCAGCAGCAUCAACAGCAUCAGCAGCCACAACAGCAUCAAAACCCACAAGCGCAGCAGCAUCAUCAACAUCAGCAACUUCAGCAGCAUCAUAACCAGCAGUUGCAACAACAACAACACUCCCAACAACCCAACAUGA